AAAAAUCAAUUUUUUGAGGAAAAAAAUCACUUCCAAGCAGGUUCUUAAAAUGUCGAUUAUAUAAUAAUGGCAAUAGGAAUAAUUAGCUUUAGUAACGCGAUUUUAUAUUACAAAAGUUGUUCUUAAAAGUAGGCAACGAAAUAAAAAUAAAUUUAUUCUUACAUCAUAAGUGUUGCUUUGAGGUCCCACAAACUAGAGAAAUAGUACAAAAUAAGAUUUCUCAAUACAAAUUGGACCAAUUUCUUACCUGUCAAUUGUCGUCUCCCGGGGUCCCAACUUCCACACCUCACGACCACAACGGCGGCGCGUUCCUACCAAACUUCCCCUUCUCACGAGUCUUUUCUUUUUAAACACAUAUACUCUCUAUAGUAUUCACUCUGACACUCUCUUGCUCUGUAUGUAUCUGUCUAUCUAAAAAUGCUUUCUUCAAGAAAAUGUACAAACUUGCUAUCAUGAGACAUGGGUAGGACCACCAAAUGGUUCCAGUCUCUUCUGGGAUCCAAAAAAUCUCCCACGGCAUCUUCUUCGUCGGUGGCUCCGGAGAAGAAAAAGAGUAAAUGGAGACUGUUAAAGUCAUCAACUAGCAUUGUAUACGAAAAUGAAGAAAACCAAUUGACAAGUCCUUAUGUUGAGACAUUGGACGCAAAAAAGCAUGCAAUAGCAGUGGCAGCGGCCACGGCGGCGGUUGCCGAGGCUGCUCUAGCAGCCGCCAAGGCGGCGGCUGAGGUAGUCAGACUGACAGGCAGGAGUAAGAGUAGAAGUGCUGCGGUGUUUGUUCGCCACCGGGAAUUGGCGGCCAUAAAGAUUCAAUCGGCUUUUCGAGCUUACCUGGCUAGGAGGGCCUUAAGGGCACUUAAGGCACUUGUAAAGCUUCAAGCUCUAGUUAGAGGUCGUAUAGUCAGAAAGCGAAGUGCAGAUAUGCUCCAUCGUAUGCAAGCAAUGGCACGAAUUCAGGCUCGAGCCUGUAAACAUAGAGCUUAUGCUUCAGAGUCGACUAAUUUGGGGAACAAGUUCUCGAACCUGCAUAAACCUAGUAUUUCCAAUCUCAGAAAAUGUGAACAGGGAUCAAAUUGUGCCCAACAUGAUGUACUAAACCAGAAGAAAUUUGGUUCGAGAUCGAAUAGGGCCAACGGUAUUAACACUGAAAACAUGUGGGUAGGCUCCAAUUGGUUAGAUCACUGGAUGGAAGAAUAUGCAUGUAACAACCAGAAGUAUUCUUCCCUUGACACCGGACCCUGGGAUGAUGAGAAAAAUGACAAGAUACUUGAGAUGGAUACUUGUAAGCCUCACCGAACCCCAAAGCGAACUGGCAGAGCGUUUCAGACUCCACUAUAUUUUCCUGUUUGGAACGAGAAUGGACAGGAAUCCGCAACAUUUGAUUCAUUGUCAAGACAUUCGGCAAAAUCUGAAAAACGAAAUCCUUGCAUAUCGUAUGGUGAUGUCCCAUCCUUAAGGUCGAUAAAAUUCCCUCCGGAAGUGGAUCCAGUGUCUUCUAGACCUGGUAGUAGUCGAAGAAGCCCUUAUAGUCCUACAAGGAGUGAGUGUUCUAAAAGCUUGUUUGGUGAGUACCUGGGUCACUGGAAUUACAUGGCAAAUACGGAAUCGUCUCUGGCUAAACAUAGGUCACAAAGUGCCCCGAGGCAGAGAAUGCAGUACGAGGAACUACGUAUGGGUAAGAAGUUUGCUCGUGAUCUUUUGAAUAUGGACACAAAUUCAGAAAAGGGAUCAAACUUGUUCGCUAACUAUACAAGCAAAGGUUAUCCAUACUCCAGCCACUUAAAUAAACUAGAAAAACCUAUCAAAGAUCCUGCUGUAAGUUUUAGUUCCACGUAUGGCUACAGAUAUUAGUUAUGCUCAUGAAUCGGAGGUUUAAAUUCUAUUAAAUAUGAACAUAACGUAGUCGAGUUCUUAGAAAUAGACUGUUCUGGACGUCAUGAUUGUGCUUGGACUUGUGUUAAUGUUUCCAGGAGUGUGAAAAUGACUCUUACCAUGUUCUUAUUUCAUGGAUUGUCUUGUAAUUAUUCAGUUUGUUUCAAACAACUGUGACUGUACCAUAUAUUUGCCAUAUUUUUAAGCUGUGAAUUGUAAACCAUUGAAUUAAAAUUC